AUGAAUAAUAUGCACAUGGGCAUAGUUUUUUUCUUUUUCUCGUCAAAUGAAGAUAACAACAUGUAUUUACUUUUUUUUUUUAACCGUGACGCUCUCUAAUCUCUAUAUAAACGAAGGAUAACACAACGGAAAAUAUUCAUUCACCAACCAAAUAUAAACAAAACAAAAUAAAACAAACAAGAAACUUCAAUCAAUACCCAAAGAAGAGAGAGAGAUGGCGACGUCAGGAACAUAUGUGACGGAGGUUCCACUGAAAGGAUCGGCGGAGAAACACUACAAGCGGUGGAAGAAUGAGAACCACCUCUUCCCCGACGCCGUCGGCCACCACAUUCAGGGUGUCAACGUCCACGACGGUGAAUGGGACUCUCAUGGAUCUAUCAAGAUUUGGAACUACACAUGCGAUGGGAAACCAGAGGUGUUCAAGGAGAAGAGGGAGAAUGACGACGAGAAUAUGGCGGUAACGCUUAAAGGGCUCGAAGGUCACGUGAUGGAGGAGCUUAAGGUGUAUGACGUCACAUUUCAGUUCAUUCAAAAGUCGCCUGAAGAUAUCGUCUGCAAGAUCACUAUGGUCUGGGAGAAGCGAACCGAUGACUCGCCUGAGCCCAUCAACUACAUGAAGUUCGUCAAGAGCCUCGCUGCUGACAUGGACAACCAUGUCCUCAAAGCCUAAAUAUAUCCUUUUCGAACCAUCAUGAUCACCACGGUCAUAAGCGGCUUUCUUUGUGUGUGUGUGCGUCUCUUUGUGUCUUUGUAUGGUUAAAUCAAUAUAAUAAAUGGGACUCUUGUAUGGUUUCAUUAAUUACUAUUAAUAUUGUUAUUGGGUUUUUGUAAUAUGCUUUGAUGUUGUUAAUUAUGGUGAUUACAUUUCGAGGUCAAUGUAUACAUAUU